AUGACUACUCCAACUCUUAAGUACGCGUUUACGAUGAAUGUCGAGCUUGCCCCAGCAAUCGACUUUGGAGCAACAUUCAGCGGCGACAGAAGUUUUAUUGCAAUUACUGGAGGGUCCAUUGAUGGACCGCGUCUGACAGGCAAAGUUUUGUCUGGUGGCGGAGACCGGAACGCUGUGCGACCCGAUGGAGUCGUGCAUGUCUUCGCCAAAUAUUCAAUCCAAGCAAGCGAUGGUACACCUAUAUCUAUUACGAACGAAGGCUUUGGUCGGGCAAGUCAAUCAAGUAUAAAGGCGAUCUUUGAUGGCGACGGCGCCUCGGCCAGCGAGGGUGGCAAAACCUGGUACACAAAGACAUGGCCACGAUUCGAGGUCGCUCCUGGCAAGUGGGAUUGGCUUAACACUUCUUGCUUCAUUGGGGACUUACAACCCCCAGCAUCAGCUGACCGCGUCGUCAUCAAAAUUUACGAAAUUAUCUGA